GUUGCAACCACCUUGUUGCCAUUGAUCUUGUUACUGACCACUCUCAUUGCGUCCAUCUCUCCUAUUAUGGGGGAGCAUUCGAAAGGGAAGCAGCGUGCACAGCUGUCCAAACCGUCGCCACUUAGAAAUGUGCAACAGGUGCCCGAUAGCGAUACCGUGGUCCCUGAGACGCAACUGGAGGCCAUCGAUCAUUCGUCAGAUGUAGAUAUGCUGCCUGAUGAUAUCGCCCUUCUAAAGCGUAGUGCAGCCAGACGAUUGGAAAGCAUUACAACGCCGCCACUGCCAGCAUUUGGUAUAACCAAGCCCACAUCAGCAGUAGACGUGGUGCCUCCGUCUGUUUUUAGCUGUGCCAGAUGGGCUACGAACAAGCUCCCACGAAAGACAGUGGAAUCAAAGCCAGACCAUGUUGUUCACGAGGACACUGCCAUACUCUCCAUCGAGACUACUGGCAAUGGUGAGUUCAAGCAAGACGUCAGCGCAAAGCCAACUGGCGCCCAAGAUCAUCCAGUCGGGCUCUUUCACGCCGCAUCCGUGACGCCGCCUACCCUACCCUCGCCUGAGAUUCCUGGACCAGAUGCCGACCUGGUCAGCGAAGUAGGAGUUGGUUCUACCAGGGGAGAAUCCCAGGAAUCAUCACCUGCAGAAAUUGCAACAGCCGGUGAUCAAGGCUCUGCACCUACCGACCAUAUCUUUUCGAAGCAUGUCCUCUCGAAUGGAAUCGCCGGACAGUCUACCUUGAAAUGUGCUCCCAUUACAAAAAGGGAGCGUAACGCGAACAAAGCGAAGAGAGGUAGAAGAAUACUCCUUUCUGGAAGUCUCAGACCAUGGCCACCUCGACAAGAUCCAGCACACGGCGGUUCCAACGCAACGUCUAUGACUGAAACAGCCGACCACAAAAGGAAGAUUGGCCGGGCAAGUCCCCUUUGUGGGGAUUUGGCCGUGAAGUCUCAAUUCGAAGCCAUUCCCAGACUACCAGAUGGGCCGUGUAAUGACGAAGUACCUGCGUUCAAUAGGGAGGCAGUCGUGGCAGAUAACACAGUCGCCGAGGCCGAGGCGUCUACCAAACACUGUGUCACCGAUUCUGCUUGUCCUAGCCAAGAUUCAGCACCUCGAUACCACACCCAGAUGGAUGAGCCUACAGUAGAAUCCAUUGAUGUCGCGGACUCGGCAGGUACUUCAGAAGAAGGUUCUUCCCAGAGUUUCCAUGUAGGUCACGACUCGAUGCGGCGAGGUUCUGAUUGCUCUCUCCUGGUAUCUCAACCUACUGCAACAUCUCUUGACCAGGUUAAAACGCGACGUGAAAAGUUGAACCUCAGCUCACGGGACCGAGAAGAGCCAUGUGGUCAAGCGAUAUCAUUAGGCGAGGUGGCAGAUCAUCUUGUUCCGACACACAAUCCGCUAUCUCAAUCGGUCGAUACACAAGAUGUGCUGCAUAGAGUCUCUGAUCGCUCUGGAACCAUACGAGUCGCUAAAAGUCCAAAGGAAGCACGAAAAGCACAUGAUCACCAACCAUUGACACUGGGAUGGGCUGCAGAAAGUUCAGCGGCUUCCAGAGUUACUGCUCUAGACACCUCGCUGAAGACUCUUCGGAACAUCUUCCUCGCCGAUCAACAUAGGAUGGAAGACCGUAUGGCAUCUGUCACCAAAGAGUUGAAGGAAGAGAAGGCACAGCUCCAGCGUACAAUAUCGGAACAAUUAAUCACCAAUACCGAGCUACACUUCAAGCUUCAAGCAGCAGAGCAUCGCCUUAUGCGAAUAAGGGAGAAAGCAAUCUCGGAUCAAAGAUACGUUGCUGGCCUGCAGAAAGAUCACGAGAGAAUGAAGAAGUCCGUGGUGGAAUUUCAAGAGCGAAACGCGCAAGAUCUGCAAGACAAGGUUGCAGGAGCCGCCACAGAAUGGGAAGUGUUGCAAAGCGAACUCGAAAAAACACUUGCUUUAUCUGCCCAAGCACAAAAGGCAAUGCGGGCAACAAUGCAAGAGAGUCAGCUGCAGUACUGCAAGGCUCUAUUAAGAGAGGAGCAAUUGAAAACCCAGCUCGAUGAGCGAACAAGCAUGUACAACGAAGAAAGGGCCAGGCGCGUUGAACUCGAAAAACAGCUUCUACCAUCUAUCCAGAAUGUGCAGCGUCAGUUAAACGAAAGCUCGGCUUCACAUUUGGACAAACUGGAAGGUCUGCGUGCUGAUCUAGAAGGCCGUGCGGCUGAGACUAACACCGACCAAUGCGUUGAGGAAUGUUUACUGAUUCUCAAGAGGCUGGAUUCAUUGCCCCUGUUGACGUCCAAUGAUGUACGAAAAGCGGAAGGCAUGUUGCGCUUUCUUCACGAGCGAAGUGAUGCAGGUCAUGAACUGCUUGCGAAGAUAUCUGAGGCCAAACUAUUUCCGAUCGAUAUAAUCCAACGGAUCCUGCAGGAUCAACUCAAGGAUCUGUAUGCGCGAAAUUUGCGACAUGAACAGACGAUAGCGGACGAUCAGCAAGCUCAGGAGACUAUCCAGUCGCUCAGGCUGGAAUUAGACACCCAGACGAAAGAUUUGCAAAAGCUGGAGGAGGAUAUUGAUACGCUUAGACGUUCAGAGACAAAGCUUACUCAAUCGACGAAAGCAAACGAGGAUCGUCUCUUGUGUUGCCAGAGUGAUCUGCAUUCAGUACAAGAAGCCACCAAACAGCAGGCACGCGGGCGUCUCGAAAAAGAGCAAGAGUUUUGCAAGUACAGGGCAAACGCCAUUGCCUACUUCAACGAUCUGAAUGGGCACAUUGACCAGAUGACGCUUCAGGUUCGGGCCAAGGGGGUCGAGUGCGAUGAGUUACGGCGGAACGCAGCAAACCUUGAGGUUGAAUUGGAACUCGCCAGGACAAAGAACAGCCAGCUGGAUAUCGAAAUCUCUGAGUACAAAGCCACUGUGGAGACACUCCGUCAAGAUAAUCAUAGUGCAAUUGAGAAAGAGGGGCAUGCUCGGGCCUUGUUAAAAUCGAAAGAAGAGGCAGAGCUCCGGUGCGAGGAGAAAAACCAACUUUUACAAGUCGAGAUCGAUGGAUUCUGUACAAAGAUACUUGAGUCGAAGGGCAUUGAGACGACUCUCCUUGCAGAACGUGCCGACUUGCAGCGACAGCUUGAUAAGCUUCGUAACAACAUGAACGCCCAAUUGCAGCAAGCACAACAGGACGCAGCAGUCCGAUCACAGCAGAUGAGAACCGAUCACACCACUGAACUCUCGGGUUUGGAGGCCCGCCUUAACCUUUCGGAGCAUGCCCGGAAAGAGUUACAAUCCAAACUACGAGAUACUGAAGCAGCGCAUAAACUUCAGCUCCAAUAUCAUAUGGAGAAGACCGACGCGAAGUUCAAAUAUCUCGUGUCUGAGACUGAGCGGGAAAAAGAAAAGCUUAUAGGUAAGCAUUCACGAGAAAUGGACGAGUGUCGACGGAAUGCCACUAUCAGCGACAAGACGGUAGAGAGAUACCGUUCAAAGCCAGCCAAUGCUACAGAGUCUAGCAUCCUUGUCCCCAAUACACAACAACCAAACGAGCUCGACAGACCCGCUAGUUCAUCGCAAGGAAGAAACCGCAAGAAGGUUGACAGACAAACCACAACACCGAUCGGGGUUCCUUCGGGUACCUCUCGGCUCGAUUGUGGUGAUAAAACGUCUGAUACUGAUAAAGCAAGGUCUGCCCCCAGUCACCACAAGCGCAUCUUGGAAUCAGCCAACUACUUCGCGGAGGAGUAUGAGAACACCUUUGGGUCUCAAGCGCUGCCUCAUAGCCAGGCGACACAUAUUCCGGUCAUCGGAUCUGAAGCCGAGGUGAUACCUGAAACACAGAGCCUGGAGCGUACUAAUGAAGCUGUCACGCAAUUUGAGAAUGUGGAAUCACAGCUAUGUGUUGAUGGCGAUGUUGAGCACGAGGAGACUGACUCCGAACUAUCUAAUAUACCAUCAGAGGACCUGUCGGAGAUGCUGCUCGAUACUCGACCAACCUCCGAACGAGGACGAGCCAAAGCUACAUGCCCAGCUCCCUCUAAGCUCAUGGUGCGGACCCCCGAUCGAUCGGUUCAGCAGGAUAAUUGGGAGACAUCGUCGACGAGUUCACAAGGUCGUCCAAAGUCCCGAGCAAACACAGCAUCGCGAAUGAUGCCGCUGCCUGCUCGCGGCGCGCAGCGGCAGCGCAUCCAGAAUAACGAAAAUUCCCAACGUGUGAUGAUGGUGCUCUCUGAGCGAAAUCCCGAGAGAAACUUCGACCAGGACAACAACGAUUCUCGGGACCUCAUGCAUGUGCAAAACGAAAUGUCAAAGCGGACAUAUGCAGAUCAUUUGUCUGUACUAAAUGCUACACUAGAGUCUGAUGUUGGGGAGUUUGCCAGCAGUGCUAACGAAGAAGUCUCUUCGAAGAAACGGCGCCUCACAGCACAGCACCCGCAAUCCACACCCAUAAAUUAUGGGCCAUUCACGCCAGCACCGACAGGCAAAACUGAUCGUAGCGCUGUAUAUCCUGCUUCUGCCAGUGCCGCAGGACGCCGUUCGAGCAAUGCAACAUCAGCAACUUCGGGUGCCCAGAGCGGUGACCGUCGUCUGUCUACUGCACGCAACACACGGAGUAAGACAAAUCGAUAUGCGGAUCGUUUUGGACAGGAGCUCGACAGUCGCUGAGCGCCUGGGAUAGGCAUAGUCGAGGGGCCGAGACAACAUCAUGGGAGGUGAAGCUGUUGACAAGAUUAUCAUGAGAGCAUGCGAGAUAUUCAACCAACAAGUGAGACCCGAGUGGACGGGUGAAUAUUGCAUUACGUGCUGAAAGUACUGGUACAGGGUACCUGCAGCUCACGCCGGACCUGCAGCCCCAUUCAGCCAUGUCAUCGAGCAAUCGACUAUGGGCACCAGGUGGUGGAUCGAGUGCUCCAUGCUGCUACUUGUAGAUCUGAGGAUCGUUUCAGGUGAGGGUCCGCUGGGGAUUUACAGAAAGUAUGUGUAUGAUCAGCGUAUGUAUGUCUAGCAGCGAAACAUCAGCCAUAUGAGAAACCAAAUGUUAGACUUAACUUGAGCACUCUGCCACUCCGU